GCGCCCCGCGGAGCCGCCGUGCCAGCCCCUCGCCCAGCCAUGGGGGACCUGCCGGGCCUCGUGCGCCUUUCCAUCGCAUUGCGCAUCCAGCCCAACGACGGCCCGGUCUUUUACAAGGUGGAUGGGCAGCGCUUCGGCCAGAACCGCACCAUCAAGCUGCUCACCGGCUCCUCGUACAAGGUGGAGGUGAAGAUCAAGCCCACCACGCUGCAGGUCGAGAAUAUUUCCAUUGGUGGUGUGCUUGUCCCACUGGAGCUGAAGUGUAAAGAACCUGAAGGAGAUAGAGUUGUUUACACGGGCACAUACGACACAGAAGGUGUGGCCCCGACUAAGAGUGGAGAACGACAACCCAUCCAGAUCACCAUGCCGUUCACGGACAUUGGGACCUUCGAGACGGUGUGGCAAGUCAAAUUCUACAAUUACCACAAGCGAGACCACUGCCAGUGGGGAAGCCCCUUCUCUGUCAUUGAGUAUGAAUGCAAGCCCAACGAGACCCGCAGUCUCAUGUGGGUGAACAAGGAAUCCUUCCUCUGAAGAUGGCUCUUUCUGAUGUUGCUGGACAGGCUUUCCAGAAACCUACUUUUAGAUAAACCAGCACAAGCCUUAACCAAGGCACACUACACCAUGGCUGCUUCCCAUCUGGAAUCAGUGAACCCCGAUUAUUUCCAAAGUAAUUCCCCCCGAUACAGUACCCCUGAUGUAAAAGAUCGUGAAGUACUGCCCCCCAAAAUGCUCUUUCCUGUUUUCCGUGCUGGUGUUCCUGCACCCAAUCGUGCUCGGUCAUCCUGUUGACCACUCGUGACUGGAGCUCAGGGGAACUGACAGGCUUGUCCUGUACUUGAGGGUUCCACUGAGUGACUGUGAUGGUUUGUUUCCAAGAUGAGUAAUCCCCCGCUUUUUUGUUGUUCAUCGUUAAAUCUUUAAAAAUACCGAUGUGUUUGGGUCCUCCCAUUUGUGGUGUGGUGAUGUCUACCAUGCAGUGUUGGUCAGCUUUCAGAGUGGACUUUGUGAAAAUGGGAUACGAGCUGCAGGGAAGAGGACUUAAAUGCUGUCCUUCCUAUGAACAGCUCAGCUCUUCAGGGAAUAAGAAUGACAAAAGGACAAAUAUAUUAAAAUGAUUUGUCAUAUAUGAAUACUCUUGUGAGUAAUUUAAGGCUUUGUACUCUGGUGUAGUGGAAAAGGGGCAAAAGCAUUGCUGUGGACCAGUGGAAAGCAAAGUGACAGGAGUCGUAGGGCCACCCCUUUGGCAAGCUACCCUAGUGUUCAAAUGUGCAUAUUGAUGGCCUCCCUGCAUUCCCCUUCACUUGAACUUUGUUAAAUUGUGUAUGGGUCUGUAAUCAACUUUUGAUAUUUCUUAAUAAAGGCAUUGAAAAUCA